GGGUUUCCCGCGCUCUUGCAUAGUUGAAAAAAAAAACCAGUCUCAAUCUUCAAAAUUCUGAGUCAAAAUCCUAACUUUAUCACUGUUUUACAAUUUUUAGCCAUAUUUGAUAUCUGGGUUUCUAAAGAAACUGCAAAAUUUCCAAUAAAAGUUUUGAAAUUUAGUGUCUUUUUCAUCUGGGUAAUUCAGAUUCUAGUUAAACAAUGCAUUUUAGGUUAAACCCAUAUAGGAUAUAUUGUACAAGUGUUGGAAUUUCCUCCCUUUCUCAGAUUUCAAGGUAUGCCCGUAUCGGCCAUAUCGAGAAUGCCCGAAAGGUGUUUGAUAAAAUGCCUGAUAAAAGCAUUGUUGCUUGGAACUCAAUUAUUGCUGGGUAUUUCCAAAAUUAUCAGCCCCGAGAAGCUAAGAUUUUGUUUGAUAGAAUGCCAGAGAGGUGUGUUGUUUCUUGGAAUGGGUUGAUAUCCGGGUAUAUAAAGAAUGGGAUGGUUAGUGAAGCUAGAAAGGUAUUCGAUUUAAUGCCUGAAAGAAAUGUUGUUUCAUGGACUGCGAUGGUUAGGGGAUAUGUUAAAGAGGGUAUGGUUUCGGAGGCUGAAUCACUCUUUUGGCAAAUGCCUGAAAAGAAUGUUGUGUCGUGGACGGUGAUGUUGGGUGGUCUAAUACAAGAGGGUCGUAUUGAUGAGGCUUGUCGGAUUUUUGAUAUGAUGCCUGAGAAGGAUGUCGUGGCAAGGACUAGUAUGAUUGGAGGGUUUUGUCAAGAAGGGCGGUUGGCUAAAGCUCGUGAGAUUUUUGAUGAGAUGCCACGAAGGAAUGUGAUUACUUGGACUACUAUGAUUUCUGGGUAUGUGCAUAACCAGCGGGUUGAUGUUGCUAGAAAGCUUUUUGAAGUGAUGCCAGAGAAAAAUGAGGUGUCAUGGACAGCGAUGCUGAUGGGGUACACUCAAUGUGAGCGGAUAGAAGAGGCUUUGGAGCUUUUUGAUGCAAUGCCAGUGAAGUCAAUUGUUGCUUGCAAUGCGAUGAUCCUUGGACUUGGCCAGAAUGGGGAGGUAGCUAAAGCAAGGUGGGUGUUUGACCAAAUGAGAGAGAAAGAUGAUGGGACGUGGAGUGCAAUGAUAAAGGUUUAUGAACAGAAUGGAUUUGAAUUGGAAGCACUUAAUUUGUUUGCUGUAAUGCAAAGAGGAGUUAGGCCUAACUUCCCUUCUUUGAUCAGUGCUCUCGGUCUUUGUGCCAGCCUGGCAAGUCUUGAUCAUGGUAAACAGGUUCAUGGCCAGUUGGUGAGAUCCCAGUAUGAUCUUGAUGUGUAUGUUGCCUCAGUAUUGAUCACAAUGUAUGUUAAAUGUGGCAACCUUGUGAAGGCAAAGUUGGUGUUUGACAGGUUUGCUCCAAAGGAUAUUGUUAUGUGGAAUUCUAUUAUUACAGGGUAUGCUCAACAUGGUUUAGGUGAGGAAGCUUUGCAGGUUUUCUAUGAGAUGUGUUCUUUGAACAUUUUGCCCGAUGAUGUCACCUUUAUUGGAGUUCUUUCAGCAUGCAGCUACACUGGGAAGGUUAAAGAAGGGUUUGAAAUUUUUGAGUCAAUGAACUCCAAAUAUCAAGUGGAGCAAAGAACCGAACACUAUGCUUGCAUGGUUGAUCUACUUGGACGGGCAGGACAGGUAAAUGAGGCAAUGAAUUUGAUUGAGAGUAUGCCAGUGGAGGCAGAUGCUGUUGUUUGGGGUGCUUUAUUAGGUGCAUGUAGAACCCACAUGGAACUGGAUUUGGCUGAAGUUGCAGCAAAGAAACUUGUACAGCUUGAGCCCAAAAAUUCUGGGCAUUACACUUUGCUAUCAAAUAUUUAUGCAUCCAAAGGUAAAUGGGGUGAUGUUGCAGUCUUGAGGAAAAAAAUGAGAAGAAGAAGUGUGAGCAAGUCACCUGGCUGUAGUUGGAUUGAGGUGGAAAAGAAAGUACAUAUGUUUACAGGGGGAGAUAGCAUGGGCCACCCUGAGCAGGAAUUGAUCAUGAAAAUGUUGGAGAGAAUAAGUGGAUUGUUAAGAGAAGCUGGGUACUGCCCUGAUGGUAGCUUUGUGCUGCAUGAUGUGGAUGAAGAAGAGAAGGUGCAUAUGUUGGGGUAUCAUAGUGAGAAACUCGCUGUAGCAUAUGGACUACUAAAGUUGCCAGAAGGGGUGCCCAUUCGGGUGAUGAAGAAUCUUCGGGUUUGUGGGGACUGUCAUUCUGCAAUCAAAUUAAUAGCAAAAGUGACUGGGAGGGAUAUCAUUUUGAGGGAUGCUAAUAGAUUUCAUCAUUUUAAGGAUGGAUUGUGUUCUUGCAAAGACUAUUGGUGAUUGUGCAUAUAAUGUUUCUUACUAGAUCCAAGGACUGACUGAUUUAGAGACAUAAGUCAUGCAUACUUACCUUCCCUGAGUCUUAUAUUAGAUAUUCAAGCAAAGUCUUGACGUUACUGGACAAUUGCAAACUAAGAUUGUGUUUUAUUAUUAUUUUUGGAACGAUGGAAAUAAUAAAUUGUGAAUUUUAGCUGAAAUGUGCUCAGCAAAUCAACCAUGGAGUUCUGUUUAUAAUGGCUUAUCCUCUAGUGAGACUAAUGAAGGCAAAAGCAUUUAGAUGGUCGAGAUAUUGAUCUUUAAGAUGGAGUAAUUGAUGACCUAGGUGGGACCUGUGGUUGAUCAGUCUGACUUUUUCACGUGACAUUUUUCUACAAUGUCCAUAGUAAUGGCCUCCAAUUGCUAACUUGCAGACUCUACAAUCUAAAAAAGCACUUCUUUGUUGUAAAACAAGAUUCUAAACACCUACUCAUGAAGUCAUGAUGGGUCCAAGAGAAAAACUUUUCCAACUGGUAUCUGAAGUAUGACCAUGUGGAGAAGCCAUCACAAAUCACUUUUGGUGGUAGAUCCUCCAUCUCACACGCUGCCAAGCAAAUUCCUCAGGACAAGUUUUGCUAGGAAGAAUAUCAUCGUCAGCUUUAGGAGCUACCUUGAUUUGUAUCCAAAUUCAUGACAUUAUUACAAAGUGAGUUGGUCCCAGGUAGUAAGACUUGACCUAAGAAAAAAGGAAAAGUGAUUGCAAUACAGGGCACUGUUGAGUUGAAGAUCAUACAAAAAGAGGUGAUCUUUCCAGUAUGGAUUUUGCAUUUGCUUGUUUCAACUUAUAUUUCUCCCAUUUUAGUGACUUAGUUAAUAUGUCACUAAAUAUACAUCUUUCUUAUCAAAAAAAAAGGGGGGGAUAUUGAAAUCCUUUUCUUGUUAACUUAUAAGAAAGGAUGUUGUUGUGCUUGCAAGAAUACAAAGAGUAUCUUUCUGUUGUCCGUUAUGGUAAGAGAUGUUUGGUAUAAAGUGACUAUAAAUUCCUAA